AUGGAUAUCAUUGAAAUAAAACUGAAAAUAAAGGAAUGGGAGUAUGCGUUUCGCAAACAACAUAACAAACUUCCAUCGAAAUCGGAUAUAAAAGAUGAUGUAGAAAUUCAUAAGUUAUACUCAUUAUACAAGUCCAUAAAACUGGGACAGCUGCAGAAACCAAGCAAACAAGAAACUACCGAAGAACCAGCAUCAACUCAAUCUUCGCCAGUCAAGAAAAAUGAAUAUUCCCCUAGAGGUGAAUUAGGACCUACACCACAAGCCAAUGGUCGCGUACUAUCUAUAUUUGAUUUAAAAAUGACUCCACCAGAAUCAUCUCCCUUAAAACACAAAUCGGACAAAACAUCACCAUUAUCAUUCACCAUGCCUCCUCCCCAAUCUCCUGUUAAGAACAUUAUAGAAACACCCACUAAAUCAAAGAACAAAUCGUUUACAACGCCUAUCAAGGGUCGGAAAAUAGUUUUUGAAACUCCGUCAUAUCUUAACAAGCACCGACAGAACCCACAAACCCCGGAUUCCCAUAAAAAUAAUGCUGUAAUUAAUUUCCUGGUUUCCCCAUCACCAUUCAAGACUCAAAGGGGUAUAGGAAAAAGAUUGACUGAAGUUUAUAAUACAUCUUUAAAAGAAGCAGAGGAUUUAAAGAGUUUCAAUCUUGAAGAAGAAUUCCAGAAUGAAGAAAAGGAAGAAUCAGAGGCAAUUGAAACGAUGAAUAACAAUGAUGAAAAGAUAGCGCCAAGAAAUAAAAGAACGCAGAAACGUCUGACGAGAAGAGUUAAAAUGGCACCAAGACCAGUAGAUUCAAGGCCUUCAUUGGAUAACGUAAAUCUUCAAGACCACAUGACAAAACUAGAGGAAGGUGAAAGAAAACAACUUGCCGCAUAUAUGGAUUCGGAUGAAGAGGAUGACAGUAAAGAUAGAGAGAAUGACAUUGCUUCUGUAUUCGAAAGUCCAACAAAGAAAACUCGAAUGCCAGUGAGUAAUAAUUUCAAGAGGCUAAAGAUCAAUGAUCCUAGGUCAAGACGCUUCAAACAACGUAUGAGAAGAUAA